AUGGAGUCAGACGAAACGCCUACUAGGAAAGUAAGUAGAAAUAAGUGGACCAUGUCUUCGUCUAAUGAAAUGUCACCAAAGAUAUGGGGGAAAUUCCCGGAAGACCUCUUUGAAGUCGUUGGGGAAAGAUUACCAAUUGUUACUGUCUUUCGUUUCCUUUCAGUUAGCAGAAAGUGGAACACCAUGUUGACUUCCCAUACCUUUCAGGAACGAUAUGCUAAACUUUCCAUCACUCAACCUUGGUUCUACACUAUCACCAAAAACAGUGUAAACAACGCAUUUAUGUACGAUCCCUCCUCGAACAAAUGGUAUCGUUUAAAAUUACAUUCUUUCCGAGAGAAGCUGUUUAUCUUCCCUCUAGCUUCCGUUGGCGGUAUUGUUUGUUUGACAGAUAUUAAUCAAACACGUUUCUUCGUUGGUAACCCGCUUACUCAAACACUCAAGGAGCUUCCGGCUUGGUCAAACAUGGGUUGGUCUGGAGUAGCAGUGGGAAUGUGGAUGAAUGGAAAAUCCUUAGCCGAGGGCUACAAGAUGCUCUGCUUCAGUAACAACGGUCAGUACAUAAUUUAUGACUCAAUUGAGAAUACGUGGUAUAAAUCAGGAGCCAUGCCGAGCAUAAACAUGCCAUUGAUUUUGAACAUGCGUUCACAAGCUAUCUAUGUCGAUGGUUGUCUCUACUUUAUGUGUUCGAUUCCAGAUGGUAUGGUCUCUUACAAUAUCUUGUCGGGCAUUUGGAAUCAUAUCUUAGUCCCGGAUCCUUAUAUUUUUAUGGAUGACCGAUUUAUCGUUGAAUGUGGGGGACGAAUCAUGCUGGUUGGUUCAAUAUUGAUUGGCAUAAAACCGUGUGUUUCUGUUUGCAUUUGGGAGUUAGAAAAAAAAACUUUACAAUGGAAACAGGUUGACACAAUGCCAAGUGAGUGGUGCAUGGAAUUGUAUCGGAAGAACAAUAACAUGAUUGGUGUAGGUAACAAAGACUUGAUCAUGUUGUGGUUUAGAUUUGAAAAAAUGAACAUGUUGGUUACUUAUGAUGUUUCAAAGAAAGAAUGGUUGCAAGUUUCAAGGUUUUCUGCAAUUACUCUGUUCUUUUUCUCUGUUUUUGCCAUUACGGGGAAAGGAAAGAAUAAAAGUAAUAAAUCUAAAGAAGUUAGGAAUUUUGUGCUGGAAGGAAUCAAAGAAGCAGUUGUCAAAGAAAUUGAAAAAAUUACUAAAGAAGUUUACAAAGAACAGCAGGAUACCAACACAAGUAAGCAAUGUUCUCCAACUACUAUUGGGAAAAUUCCUGUUAAAAAUGAUGCAGGAAAACUAGGGAAUAAUGAAGGAGUUUGGAAGAUACGCUAUAAGGAAAGAGUUGAUGGGCUAAAGAAUCAAAUUAAAUAG